GUCUGAACACUUUUGGAGAUACAGUGUACUGUAUUUCGUGAACAGGUACUACUUACAUCAGAACAGGCACAGUCAGUGAGGGAGAAAGCUGCUGGGUUCCUGCGCACUUCAUUGCUCACGCAUCGGCGAGGCGGUGGUGAAGAUGUGAAGAUGGCGGAGUUACAAAUGCUUUUGGAAGAGGAGAUUCCCGCUGGUCGAGGCGCUUUGCUGGACAGUUACGCCAAUUUAGAGCGGGUUGCGGAAUACUGCGAGAGCAACUACAUACAGUCUCCAGAUAAGCAGAGAGCCUUAGAGGAGACCAAAAGCUACACCACUCAGUCUCUGGCCAGCGUCGCCUACCUGAUCAACACACUAGCCAACAAUGUGCUGCAGAUGCUGGACAUUCAGGCGUCUCAGCUACGCCGUAUGGAGUCCUCCAUCAACCACAUCUCACAGACGGUGGACAUCCACAAAGAGAAGGUGGCCAGGCGUGAGAUCGGCAUCCUCACCACCAAUAAGAACACCUCUCGCACGCACAAGAUCAUCGCGCCAGCCAAUCCCGAGAGGCCUGUGCGCUACAUACGCAAACCUAUCGACUACAGCCUGCUGGAUGAUGUCGGCCACGGAGUGAAGUGGUUAUUAAGGUUCAAGGUUAAUGCGCAGAACAUGAAGGCGGGUACGACCCCACGCACAACUGCCCCGACCCAGAAACCUCCCAGCCCUCCAGGCCCAGGGAAGGGCACUAUUGGGCGCCACUCCCCCUACCGGACGCUCGAGCCCGUGCGUCCCCCUGUCGUCCCUAACGACUAUGUGCCGAGCCCGACCCGCAACACGGCCCCGCCCCUCCAGAGCCCGGCACGCACCGCCUCCGUUAAUCAGAGGACCCGCACGUACAGCAGUGGCAGCAGUGGAGGCAGUCACCCCAGCAGUCGGAGCAGCAGCAGAGAGAACAGCGGCAGUGGGAGUGUCGGUGUGCCCAUCGCCGUGCCAACCCCUGCCCCACCCUCCGCUUUCCCAGGUACAGCCCCUGCCCCCCCGAAUCCCCCCAAGCUCCCUCCCAGCCUCCCAACUCCCCCAGCACCGCCUCCUCCCCCCACCCCUGAGCCUGCACCCCCUGUCCCUCCUGCCCCCGUGGCCCCUGCAGAGGCCCCCCCUGAAGUCCCCCCUCCCCCACAACUGCCCCCCACCUUGCCUGUUAAUUCCACCACAAGCACUGCAGCUGCUACCAGCACCCCUGCACAAGGAAAUGGUCCUCAGUUCUACAGUAUGAACCGACCAAUGACGCGACAGACCACACCCUCAGUAGGAGGGUCUCUGCCCUAUCGCAGGCCUUCCUCAGUCACCAAUCAGCCGAAUAACGCACCUCAGAACACUCACCCAAACCUGAGCCAGAACCAGCUUAACGGGGGACCACACUACAACCAAAACCAAGCCCCCAUGGCCCCUCCUCCCCCUUCAAUAUUACAGAUCACACCUCAGCUCCCUCUGAUGGGCUUUGUGGCUCGUGUUCAGGAGACCAUCUCAGAUGCACCUCCUCCCCCACCCCCUACAGAAGAGGCGGAGUUUGUGGACACAGCCCCACCCCCACCUCCGCCAGAGGACUACGAGGAUGAGGAAGGUGAAGAAGAUGAAGAGUCAGCGGUGGUGGAGUACAGUGACCCCUAUGCUGAGGAGGAUCCACCGUGGGCCCCACGCAACUACAUGGAAAAAGUGGUGGCGAUCUACGAUUACACACGUGACAAGGAAGACGAGCUGUCCUUCCAGGAGGGGGCGAUCAUUUACGUGAUCAAGAAGAACGAUGACGGCUGGUUCGAGGGGGUGAUGAACGGCACUACGGGUCUCUUCCCUGGAAACUACGUCGAAUCAAUCAUGCACUAUGCCGACUGAGCCAGCAGGGGGUGCUAUUCCUCUCACAUCCAGAAAUCUUCCUUCAUACACCCGUACAGACACACUACACGCAAACACACUACACACACACAGACUGCAGAACAUAUACUGACUUGCACGUGAGAUACAUACACCUUUUCACAAACAGGCAACAUUUUGAUGGAGAAAAGUUACAAAUGGAUGGAUGAAAGAAGUCCUGAGCAGGAAUGUGCGGAGGAGAGGACAGAGUGUAAUACACUGUAUAUUUGAUCAGUGAAGGACAGUUCCUUUAAACUUGGUUUUAUCCCAGCAAAUGAAUGGUGUUCUCUGAUGUGAAAGAUGUGCAGUGUUGUACAUUGGGAGUGGUUGAAAGCUGUAAGAUAUAGACUUAAAGAUAUAUAAGGACCAUCUCAUGUCUUAAUUUUAAUCUCAUAGUAUAACACUAAAUGCUGACCUGUGGUGACCCCAUAAUGCCCCCUAACUCGCCUUUUUCCAGAGAACCGCCUGCACUCUGGAAGAAUGGUGGGAAUCUAAUGAAGUAGAAAGGACAGCCAGCUUCUGCCACCUUCAUCUCCACUCCAACAGAAAAGCAGGGCACAGCGCUUGACUGCUGAAGGGCAGAGAGGGUGAUGCGUCCUCAUUUUGGCCAAAUGGCUACUCUACAGGCAAGAAACGAUAGGCUUUUUGUUCAGUUUUGUGGACCUUAACACUACAGAUAAAUGGUAAGUUGUGCUUUUUAGAAGUGGUUCGUUUUCUUUUCUGGUGAUUUUGUUUUCUCUAUAUAAAGAGAUCUGUACGGGAUCAGUUUGAAGUCUUUAGGCUAUACCAAAGGAUUCAGAUGCAUUUAGGUGUGGACCGUGGAGUGACAACGUGACCGAAUACAACCUUAAGAUUCUUAAUUUUUCCGUCAUUCCUUUACGUUACGUACUUUUCCAUCAGAGUUUUUAUUGCUGAGUUUUGCAAUGAUCUAUAUUCUUUGUAUGUAUGAUAACACUAUUGAAAUUUAAGCUUGUGCCAUAAAAGAAGUGUUCAUAGAUAGUCAGAAAAGUUUAUGAAGAAGACUCUCUAAGAUUCUCGCCACCGUCGUUUGUGUUCGUCAGAUAAAAACAGAAGUGGUGGAAUUUUUUCUUUAUCGUUUUGACCAACUCAAGAAAUACACUAUAUGUAUGUUAUAUAUUGAUUUUUAAGAUAAUGGUAAUGCGUUGGUGUAUAUGACUGACAUAAGAACAAGAGAACACCCACUUUAUCUGCAAUAAUGAAGGCACAGUUAGAAAGUUGUCUGCGUUCACUCGCAGAGGCUUGAAAGCACAAGUAGAAAUGAUACAAAGGCCUGGAAAGAGAUACUUAAAGGUUGGGAAGGUUAAUGUGUGAGUAAAGAAGACAAAUAAAAACCAGCCCAAACUUCUGAACAUUCUCACACCGAUGUGGUUCAUUCCACUCAUUCAGAACUGUGCCAACAGCACAGACGUUUUUUUUUUCUUUUCUAUGAGGUACAUUGAUGUCUAUAUGUUAGUCUGUAUGUGAGGAUGUGUACGUGAGAGAGAGAAUGGUGUGAAAUUGUUUGUGGAUUAUUGGUGACUGACUUGCUCGUCUGUGCAAAUUUCUUUUUAUUUUCGAUGGAGGGUCUGUGGCAGUGUGUGAGUCUUGCAUGUUGAUCAUUUCUGUGUUUUUGUUUUUUUUUUUUUCCUGCUGAUGGAGAAUAAACUGGAUUUAUCUAGUCUGUAUACUCAA